CGUGGUGCGUGCAACGGAUGACGGAGGUUUUCUGCGAGGAGCAGGGCGAGGGGGCGACCGGGACGUUCCGCACGCUGGGCGUGAGCGGGGCGCUGAACGCGGCGGUGGCGGUCGCGGCGGAGACGGCCAACGCGCCGCCCGCCGCCCGAGGGAGGGGGGGUUCGGCCGCGAAGCCGACCGGCGGCGAGUCGGUCUGUCAGUCGGAGCGAGACUCGCGCCCGGGGUAUGAAUAUCUCACCGCGGCGGAGCUGCGGCGGGUCGGGGCGAAGAUGUCCGUGGGCGGGCGCGGGCUGGAGCGCGUGGAGCGCUCGGGGGGGCAGUACUACCUCCAGUCCGCGCGCGACUACGACUGAGGGAGGUUGAACGCGGAGGAGGGUCGCGUUGGUCCGCUACUCGGAUAGCUACUAGCGAGAGCGUAGUCUAUCGUUAUUUCUGGACAAGAAAGCUAUG